CCGAAUUAUAGGUUAUGUUCGAUGUAAAUAAAAUUACGAAUGUCGUUAAAACAUGACAAUUUUAUUACGAAAAGUGGUCGUUGGGGUGGCGUCGAACAACCCUCGGGCGUCGUACGCGAGGUCGCUGUCGGGCCUGCAGUUAUGGAGCGAGGAUAUUUCAUCGGACAUUAAGCUGCGAAUUGAAGACCACUGGCGCGGCAAGAUUGCCGAAACGUCUAGCGACGACGGCGCCGCCGGAAAACAGAAAUAUUACGUGCUGUCCAUGUUCCCGUACCCCUCGGGGUCCUUGCACAUGGGUCACAUCCGAGUCUACGCGAUCAGCGACACUGUGGCGCGUUUCCAACGGAUGAACGGCAAAAACGUAAUCCACCCGAUCGGUUGGGACGCGUUCGGCUUGCCCGCAGAGAACGCCGCGAUGGAACGCGAAACAGACCCGUCCGAGUGGACGCUGGACAACAUCGCGCGCAUGAAAUCGCAACUGAAACGGCUCGGUUGCAGUUUCGACUGGGAACGCGAGAUCGCCACCUGCGAUCCGAGUUACUACCGCUGGACGCAAGACUUAUUCCUUAAGCUGUACGACGCGGACCUCGUGUAUCGUAAAGAGGCGCUCGUUAACUGGGAUCCGGUCGACGGGACCGUCUUGGCCGACGAGCAGGUCGACGAGAACGGCAACUCGUGGAGAUCGGGUGUCAAAGUCGAGAAAAAAUUACUGCGUCAGUGGUUCGUGCGCACCACGAGGUUCGCGAAAGCGUUGUACGACGGCCUGGCCGAUCCGACCCUGGAAGACUGGCGUGACAUCAAAAAACUGCAGCGGCACUGGAUCGGCGAGUGCGCGGGGGUGAAUUUCGAUUUUUUUGUCGACGGAGUCGACUCGGACCGCGUGACCGUGUGGACGGACAAACCAGAGUAUAUAAAACACGUGAAGUUCGUGGUCGUCGCCGGUAGUCACGCGUUGGCGCGAAAAGAGGGCGCCACUGGCGUCGGUAAAUUAAAAACUUGCCUAAAAAACCCGUUCGGCGACGAGUCGGUGCCGGUUUUCGUCACGGACGAGUUGAAAUUCGCGCCACCUAUCGACAGUUUCCUCGGUAUUCCGGGCGCCUGCGAGAUAGCGGCCCGAUUCGCCGACACACGCGGUGUCAGCUACGAACCGUUAGCGGCAGUCGAAGACGCACAUAACCUCGAACGCACGAGGGAUGAGGUGUGCUCCGAGGCUCGGAAAUGGGGCUUCGGGGGCUACUGGUCCAGCGCCAAGCUCCGUGAUUGGCUCAUAUCGCGGCAAAGGUACUGGGGCACGCCCAUCCCGAUAGUGCACUGCGCUUCUUGCGGUACCGUCGCGGUACCCCGCGAACAUCUCCCCGUGCGUUUACCGAAACUGACCGCCCUCACGCAGAAAGGUAAGUCGCCGCUGGCCGAGGUCUCGGACUGGGUGAAUACCAAGUGUCCCCAGUGCGGGGGGGCGGCCGCGAGGGAAACGGACACGAUGGACACGUUCGUCGACAGCGCGUGGUACUUCCUGAGGUACCUCGACCCCGGCAACACCUCGGAGAUGUUCGGCCGCCACAAAGUCUUCGAAGGGAUGCCGGUCGACUUGUACAUCGGCGGCAAGGAGCACGCCGUGCUGCAUUUGUAUUACGCGCGAUUCGUCGGCCAUUUUCUGCACUCGCUCGGUCUCGUGCCGACGGCGGAGCCGUUCAAGCGACUCCUGGUGCAGGGCAUGGUGAUGGGCAGGAGUUUCCGCGUCAAGGGCACCGGACGCUACCUAGCGGAGGACCAGGUCGACGUCAUCGACUCGAAACGUAAUAAGGCGGUCGCGAAGGCGACGGGGGAGGCGGUCGCCGUCACGUGGGAGAAGAUGAGCAAGUCGAAGCGCAACGGCGUCGACCCGGACGCCAUGUUCGCGCGCUACGGCGUCGACACGACCCGCCUCCUGAUGCUGGCCGACGUCGCGCCCACGUCGCACCGCCACUGGACCGCCGACACGUUUCCGGGCGUGUUGGGCUGGCAACAUCGCCUCUGGCUGACGGUGCGCGAGUUUUUGAAGACGCGCGGCGGCGCGCCGCCCCCGCCACUCUCUGAAGAAGAGUUCGAGCGGCACGAGGCGGAUCUGAGAGACGCGCGCAACUACUACGUCCGCGGCGCCACCUUCAACUACGCCAUCUCGCAACAGCUGAGCGUCGCGGUGUCGAAACAGCAAGGCCUCACCACGAGGCUAAGGAGGGCGCCGGCGGCGGUUUUCGCGCGCGGCGCCGAGUUCGAGCGCGCCCUCGCCGCCCAGAUCGUGAUGCUUGCACCCAUGGCGCCUCAUUUCGCGUCCGAACUGUGGUCCGGCUUCGUCGCCGCCCCCGGCAGGCUCGCGACGUCCGGCAUCGCGUGGGACGAGCCCGUCUUGUGUCAGCGGUGGCCCGAAGUGGACGCGGACUACGAGCUCGAGCUCUCCUGCCAGGUCAACGGCCACGAGUACUGCUCGGUGAAGAUGCCCCGGGUCCGGUUAGAAGCGCUCACGACGGACGAGGCCUACGACGAGGCCGUCGGACGCAUGCGCGACGUCCCCGAUCCGCGGGCCAUCACCGGCGUCGAGUUCAGACGGCACCGGAGCUGCGACGCCAUCUUGAAUGUGUUCCUUGACAGGUCGAGGUUGUAGAUUGUAGGAAAUAAAGCACUAC